UACACCUACGGUGGCUUAGACACCACAAAUUGUGGUCCUGUGCUUGCCUAUCAGCCACUCUCAUCUGCAACCUAUUACCAGUUCAAGCUCAGCGCCGUUGCGUCGGGCACGUAUUCGUCAGCCAAGGGAUGGCAGGCGAUUUCUGACACUGGCACUUCCCUGUUGGCUGCUCCAACUUCGAUAGCUAGCGCCAUCGCUGACGCCAAUGGAGCUAACGCAUGGAUUCUCGGCGAUCCGUUCAUUCGCCAGUACUGUAAUGUCUAUGACGUCGGACAGCAGCAAAUCGGUUUCGCUAACUCACUUCAAAAAUGA